AGUACACUUGGUUUUUGUAAACAAGUCCAUAUAAGAUCUGAGAAGACAGGCAAGGAAGCCGAUCCAGAUUUACAUUUCUACUCACUUGGAACGUAAGAAAAGCAAGGUGGAAAUCAUGCCUGGAAUUCGAUCAGACAAUGAUGUCUUUGAAAAUGUUACUAAGAUGAAUCAAAGUGAUAAUUUGCAGGAGUCAUCAGAUCCCGUAAAAAAUAUAUACAACAUGACUCCAAAGCAUCUCAUCAAGUUCUACAAAGGAAAACCCAAAGCUCUUGGUGUGACGCAGAUAUUAUUAGGAGCAUUACACAUUAUUUUUGGUCUUGUUUUUAGGAUUCAUUUUCCUUAUACACGACCAUACAAUUCCAUUAUGUUUUUCACCGGUUUACCUUUCUGGUCUGGAGUAAUGUAUAUUAUAUCUGGAUCAAUAUCGGUUAGUGCUGCAGUGAAACCAACAUUAGGAAAGGUGAAAUCAAACUUGGUUCUGAACAUCAUAAGCUCAGUUGUUGCAGCUAUUGCAAUUAUAUUGCUUUGGAUUACAUUGUCUCUAGAUUGGUACGAAGGUCCGUACACCUGUUCUGAUGAUUCUGCAUCACAUCUUUGUGACGUUGAGAUGAGAGUAAAUAUGGGAAUGGUGAUAAUAAUUUUCAUAAUGACAGUAACAGAGUUUUGUAUCACAAUAUCCACAUCUGUUUUUGGAUGUAAAACCGUGUGUGGAACAUCAAAUAAUGAAACGAAAGAAAAUAUUUAUCAAACCCCAGUAGUAAAUGUUGGCGAUAAUACGACUGCUGCUGUUCCUACUGCCCUAACCAGAGAUGAAUCGAAUACUUAUGUCAAUAAUUAGGUCACUUCUAAGGGAAUCAAGAUUUUAAAAAUAAUUACAUAUUUCUUAAAACAUCAGGACCAGAGUUUUAAAGUUGUUGCACACGUUAUAUAUGACCCCUUAUAUUUUACAUGCACUUUUUACAUUUUCAUCAAUACUUUGCAGUUGUUGAAAUGGCUUUGUGAAAUAUUAAAAAUAACUUUUUUUCAUCUUUGUUUUUCUGCAAACUAGCAGCUCCUCAGCUGACAUUGUAUCAUUUCCUCUUUAGAUGUAACCAGUUUCCUUUUUGGAGCCAAUCAAUGUGAAGCAAUGAUUCUGCAUUAAAAUAAUUAUUAUCACACUA